AUGUAUUUCCCCACAAUACCUAGUUUGAUUGUGCGUAGAUAUGCAGCAAAGCGAGCGUGCUCGUUUAAAGUGAUCGAUCCUUAUGCUUCAUCAAUGCACCUUUGGAAAACUGUCUUCCUUAAGGAGAGUUGUUUUCUCUUUCCUCCUAUUCGGGGUUUUAUUUCUGGUUCAAAACCCCCUUCGAACAUUCCCCUUACAGUUUUUUCCUGUUCGAAAUUAAAUUCGUGCAUUUUACGAAGCUUUUCGGUUAUUUCAACACAGAAAUCCAAUUCAACUCAAUUCUUCUCACAUAAUAGCAACGAUAAUCUUCUAGAAUCCGUAAAUGAUAUAAAUAAUACGGAUUCAUUCUAUCAAUACUCCGAACCACAACCUUUUAGUGUAAAUGCAGCUGCCCCUGCUGAAAACACUAAUUUCAUAUUAUCCGCUAACCAAUCAAUAUUCGAGUUUGUCCGCGAUUCUACGAAUUUGCCUUGGUGGGCAACAAUUAUUGUGGUUACAGUAUGUCUUCGAACUGUAUUCACCCUUCCUAUUGCGAUAUAUCAGCAACAAAGAAUCGCACGUAUUAUAGCGAUUCAACCCGUGUUAAAAUUACAACAGGAAUUGCUAAAACGUAAGAUUCUGUAUGAAUCCCGUGCUCAAAAAUUACCUUAUGAAAGAUACGAAGAGUUAUUGCAGAGCGAGGCAAGUAAGCAUCCAAAGAUUGAAAUUUCAUGUAAACCUCUAAUAAUCGAAUGGAUGCCAUUAUUCAUUUCUAUGUCAUUAACAAUACGUGGGAUGGUUGACGCGGAUCUGACUGGAUUAAGAGAUGGUGGCGCAUUGUGGUUUAGGGAUUUAUCUAAAGUCGACACAACAUGGGUAUUUCCCAUUGCGAUAGGUCUUGCCAACCUAUUUAACAUCGAAAUGAAUGCUAAAAGUAUAACGAAAAAACCUACGACUAAGCAAAAAGUAAUGAAAAAUAUCAUGCGGGGACUUUCGUUGUUUAUGAUCCCUGUCGCUUCACAAACUCCGAUGGCCAUAUGUUUAUAUUGGUUUACUUCCAGCUUGUAUAGCGUGAUACAGAACACUUCGUUUCGCAUCCCCUUCAUCAAAAAACGUUUGCGUCUUCCUUAG